AUGGCUCCCCAUCCGCUCGCUAUUCUCUCAGAGGAGGAGACCAACAUCGCCCGCGAUGUGGUCGUUGCCUCUCACCCCGAUAGUGUCAUCGAUUUCCGUGAGAUCUACCUCUUAGAGCCCCCCAAGGCUCAGCUGCGCGACUUCCUGGCGUUGGAACAUGCCGGACGGUUGAGUCCGACCACGCCUCAUCCCCCUCGUAUGGCCCUGUGUCAGUACGAUGUCAUCGGCUCCGAUCGAAUUCCUUUGUACCAGGAGUCCGCCGUGGAUGUAGGAUCGCGUAAGCGGGUCAAGCAUCAGGUUAUUGGAAAACAGCAUCAUGCAGCUCUGACAGUGAGCGAAUUUGAUGUGCUUGUCGACCGUUGCUUUGCCUCCCCUCUGUUCAAGCAAGCUCUUGCUGAAUUCGAUCUCCCCGAAGGCUUCGAAGUAGUGAUCGAACCGUGGCCAUACGGUGGACUGGACCAAGUCGAGGAAAACCGCCGAUACUUCCAGGGUCUCUGCUUUGCGCGCGACAAAACCAAGAACAAUGCCGAUGCCAACUUCUACUCCUACCCACUACCUCUCAUUCCCGUCAUGGAUGCUCACACCCAACAAAUUAUUCGAGUUGAUCGUCCUGCCACUGGAGGUAAAGGAGAGGGCCUACGUGACCAAACCUUUAAGCGCGACAUUAUCGGCCAUUGCAAGGGCUCAGACUACGUCCCGGAGUUGCUGCCUGAGGGCACGCGCAAGGAUCUGAAACCAUUGAACCUGGUGCAGCCGGAGGGGCCGUCCUUCCGCAUUACCAACGAGUCUCUGGUCGAAUGGCAGAAGUGGCGUUUCCGCGUUGCAUUUAACCCUCGCGAGGGAGCUACUAUUCAUGAUGUUUGGUACGAUGGACGCAGCAUCAUGUAUCGACUGGCGAUUAGCGAAAUGACUGUUCCCUAUGCCGACCCUCGUCCUCCAUUCCACCGCAAGCAGGCAUUCGAUUUCGGUGACGGCGGUGGCGGAAACAUGGCCAACAACCUGUCCAUUGGCUGCGAUUGCCUGGGCGUGAUUAAAUACUUCGACGCAGUACUUACCGAGCCAAAUGGCUCCGCUAAGAAGCUGCCCAAUGCCAUCUGCCUGCACGAACAGGACGGUGGCAUUGGCUGGAAACACUCCAACUGGCGCACUGGACGAGCGGUGGUGACCCGCAACCGGGAGCUGGUGGUGCAGUUCAUCAUCACCUUGGCAAACUACGAAUACAUCUUUGCCUACAAGUUUGAUCAGGCGGGUGGCAUUACUGUUGAGUCCCGCGCUACGGGCAUCCUCAACGUGGUCAACAUCGACGCCGGCAAGACCAGUGAUUACGGCAACGUCGUCAGCGGAGGUGUCCUGGCUCAAAACCACCAGCAUAUCUUCUGCGUUCGCAUGGACCCUGCCGUCGACGGGUCGGACAACUCGGUUGUCGUUGAAGAAUCGCACCCGGUGCCCAUGAACGAGGUUACCAACCCUAACGGCAACUUCUACCAGGUGACGAAUCAGACCAUCGAGCGGGCUGGCUGGCUAGACGCUGCCCCGGAUCUGAACCGAACGGUCAAAAUCAUCAACCCUCACCGCACGAACCCGAUCAGCGGGAAGCCUGUUGCAUACAAAUUCAUCCCCUUGGCGACCCAGAAGUUGCUGGCUGACCCCAACUCGGUCCAAGCGAAGCGCGCACAAUUCGCACAGCACCAUGUCUGGGUGACGAAAUACCGCGAUGGUGAGCUUUAUGCUGGCGGGCGGUAUACUUUGCAGAGUCAACAGGAGGUCGACGGGGUUGCUGACGCGGUGCGACGUGGGGACACUGUCGCCGACACGGACGUUGUGGUAUGGAGCUGCUUUGGAAUUACGCAUAAUCCUCGAGUUGAGGACUGGCCGGUGAUGCCCGUCGAAACAUUCCAGCUGAUGAUCCGACCAUCCGACUUCUUCACGGCCAACCCAGCGCUGGACGUUCCCUCGGAUAAGAACGGUAGCUCGGUUGUCGUGGGCGGAGAUUGCUGCCGGCCGGCACAUAUCUAG